AUUGACAUUGAUUAUCCUAAUAAGCUUCCAUGCUAUCCGCAAGAUUCAAGUUUCGAUAUUAAUGAUUUAGAUCCUGUUUUCGUAUCAUUCCUAGCUGACGUGUCAGAAAAAUUAAAACAAUCUAAUAGCAAUAAGAUUUUAACGGUCACAGCAGGCCAAUUUCCUAUACGUAGUCUUAACCACAGCAAUUCUGGUAUUAUUAAUUUUGUGAAUAUUCAGGCAUUUUAUCUUAAUAUAGGUAAUAUAGGUAACAAAUCUGCGGGUGCAGGAAUAGACAAUAUUCGAAGAAUUUUUGAUAAUUGGAAUAGUUAUGUCGAUAAAUCAAAGCUCACUUUAGGAAUCGACUUUGGCGGCAUUGUUGAAGUUGUUACUUCUAAUGAUAUUGCAACGGAUACCGAUAAUCAAAACCUUGUGGUUGUAAAUGAUGUAACUACUCAAUUCUCAUUUGCUGAUGAAAGUGUUCAAGAUCUAUGCAGAG